AUGCUUGCUGGUGGUUUGCUGCUGGUCAUUGGCUGGACGCGUGCCUCCGCGUCUCUUGGCGUGAGAUUCGAUCAGCGCCUAUUCAUGCAAGUGGUAGAUGCUUCUCGAGUAAGAGCGGUGAGAGACAGAAACACAAGGCUCGUCAUCCCCGAGCGCCGCCCCAGCGUGCAAAUCUUUACGCUUGAGCCGCCGCCGCCAUGGUAUCAAGACGAUCCUCGGUGCAGGCCGUACGCACCGCGGUGGCAGACGCUCCAGGCCCCGCGAGUCGCGCCCAGGGACAGCGACGUGGGUUGGUGGUACUUCCGGGCUGCUCACACCGUCGCUCCCUCGUGGGACGCCAACAACCCGUCGGCGUAUCUCGUCGCCAGCGGCUUGUGGACCGCCUGCAAACAGUCGCGCCAGGUGAUGCAGGAGACGUACGAGACGGUGAUCUGGGACGCGUAUCGACACAUGUUCCCUGACCAAGUCAAGUUCGCUCCGGACACUGAACGGGACGAGCUGGCGCGCAUGCCGGCGACGCUCCACGUCCGGGACCGGGGCAAGGACCGCUACUUCACCGUCUUCCCAAACGACGACCUGUUCUACUUCCAGUCGAUGCACCUCGGCUCUUGCCCCUGGACCUUUCCCACGCCUAUCGGACUGGCAGUCCAUGUGCCGCCCGAUGGCUUCAUCUGGUUCAUCGACUACAGGCUCCGGCGGCGGCCCUAUGUGCCCACCCGCGCCGAGCGAGACGCGGACGAGUCGCGGUUCGCCUUUUACGGCAGCGACCGCCGCUACGUCGAGGUCAUGGGCGUCAUGCCGCCGGCCUUUGACCAGUAUUACAUGCUACUACAACUGACGCUGCUCCCCAUGCUUGACCCUCCGCCUCUGUCGCCCUUUGCUCCCGGUCUUGGACAGAAUUGGAGAUGGGUCGAGGAUAGGCGCCGAGGGGCCGGGUUGAAGCUCAAUGGCGCCUAUUAA